AUGUAUAUAUUACACUAUUCAUCAAUAGUACAGAAGGCUAUAAUUAAGCUAGAUAGUGGUCUACCAACUAUAUCCGAAACAAUGUCCGCUUCUAAAGGUUUAGUCCUAGAAAAUACGGCUCGUAGAGAUGCUUUGAUCGCCAUCGAAAAGAAAUAUCAGAAAAUCUGGGCUGAAGAACAUCAAUUCGAGAUUGAUGCACCAACGCUUUCGGAAGAACCCGUCACUAUGACCAGUGAAGAACUACAUGAAAAAUACCCUAAGUUUAUGUCUUCUAUGGCUUACCCAUAUGCUAAUGGUGCACUACAUGCGGGCCAUUGUUUCACUUUAUCAAAGGUGGAAUUUUCCGUUGGGUUUGAAAGAAUGAACGGGAAGAGAGCUUUGUUCCCAUUAGGGUUCCAUUGUACCGGUAUGCCAAUUCUUGCAUGUGCUGAUAAAUUAAAGAGAGAAGCCGAACUAUUUGGUAAGGAUUAUCUAAAUGUGCCAACUGAAGAAGAGGAAGAAGAGGAAGUUGUUGAAGUUAAGAAAGAAUCCGAUGACGUUACAAGAUUUAAGGCUAAGAAAUCUAAAGCUCAAGCUAAGAAAGGCCGUAGCAAAUAUCAGUUUGAAAUUAUGCUUCAAUUAGGUAUUCCAAGAGAUGAAGUUUACAAAUUUGCUGAUGGUAAGCAUUGGUUAACCUUUUUCCCACCUCUAAUUGAAAAAGAUUGUACUUCUUUUGGUGCUCGUAUCGAUUGGAGACGUUCUUUCGUAACCACCGAUGCUAAUCCAUACUACGAUGCCUUCAUUAGAUGGCAAAUGAACAAAUUAAAGGCUGCUGGUAAGAUUAAGUUUGGUGAGCGUUAUACUGUUUAUUCUGAAAAGGAUGGCCAAGCAUGUAUGGAUCAUGAUAGACAAUCUGGUGAAGGUGUCACACCACAAGAAUAUGUUGGUAUCAAGAUUGAAGCUACCGAAUUUGCCGAAGAAGCUCAAAAGAUCAUUGAUGAAACAGCAGCUAUCGAUAAAUCAAAGAAGAUUUACUUUGUUGCAGCAACAUUGAGACCAGAAACGAUGUAUGGUCAAACCUGUUGUUUCGUUUCCCCAAAGAUUCAAUACGGUAUUUUCGAUGCAGGUGACUCUUAUUACAUUACCACUGAACGUGCUUUCAAGAAUAUGUCUUACCAAAAGUUGACUCCAAAGAGAGGUGACUACAAAGCUGUUGUUACUAUCCCAGGUAAAGCCUUUAUUGGUACCAAGAUUCAUGCACCCGCUUCAGCUUACGGUGAACUAAGAAUUUUACCUAUGGAAACCGUUAUCGCCUCCAAGGGUACAGGUGUCGUUACUUGUGUUCCAUCAAACUCUCCAGAUGAUUUCAUGACCACCAAGGAUUUAUUACAUAAACCUGAAUAUUACGGUAUUAAGGCUGAAUGGGUUAAAGGUGAUAUCUUACCUAUUAUUCAUACCGAAAAGUACGGUGAUAUUACUGCUGAAACUCUAUGUAAGGAUUUGAAGAUUCAAUCACCAAAGGAUACCAACUUAUUAGCUGAAGCCAAAAAGGCUGCAUACAAAGAAGAUUAUUACUCCGGUGUGAUGAUAUACGGUAAGUACAAGGGCGAAAAGGUUGAAAUAGCUAAGAACAAAUGUAAAGCUGACUUGAUUGAUGCUGGUGAAGCUUUUGUCUACAAUGAACCUGAAUCUUUGGUCAUGUCGCGUUCUGGUGACGAAUGUAUUGUUUCCUUAGAAGAUCAAUGGUAUGUUGACUAUGGUGAAGAAUCAUGGAAGAAACAGGCUGUCGAAUGUUUGGAAGGAAUGGAAUUAUUUGCCCCAGAAGUUAAGAACGCCUUUGAAGGUGUUCUUGAUUGGCUAAAGAAUUGGGCUGUCUGCCGUACCUAUGGGCUAGGUACUAGAUUGCCAUGGGAUGAAAAAUAUUUGGUUGAAUCCUUGUCAGAUUCUACCAUUUACCAAGCAUUCUACACAAUUGCUCAUUUAUUAUUCAAAGAUUACUUUGGGAAGGAUAUUGGUCCACUAAAUAUCACUGCUGAACAAAUGACACCAGAAGUUUUUGACUACAUUUUCCAACAUACCGAUAACAUUAAAUCUGAUAUUCCAUUAGAAUCGUUAGAAAAAUUAAGAAGGGAAUUUGAGUAUUUCUACCCAUUAGAUGUUUCUAUCUCUGGUAAGGAUUUGAUUCCAAACCAUUUGACUUUCUUCAUCUACACUCACGUUGCCUUAUUCCCAAAGAAAUUCUGGCCAAAGGGUAUUAGAGCUAAUGGUCAUUUAAUGUUAAACAAUGCCAAGAUGUCUAAAUCCACAGGUAACUUUAUGACUUUGGAACAAAUUGUUGAAAAAUUCGGUGCUGACGCCAGUCGUAUCGCUCUUGCUGACGCAGGUGACACUGUCGAAGAUGCCAACUUCGAUGAAUCUAAUGCUAAUGCUGCCAUUUUAAGAUUGUACACCUUGAAGAUUUGGGCUGAAGAUAUUAUUAAGAACCACACAACUAUGAGAACUGGUGAAAUAACUGAUUUCUUUGAUGUUGCUUUCGAACAUGAGAUGAAUGCCUUAAUUGAAAAGACCUACGAACAAUAUCACUUGACCAACUAUAAGAAUGCCUUGAAAUACGGUCUAUUCGAUUUCCAAACGGCAAGAGAUUAUUACCGUGAAGCCAGUGGUACAAUGCACAAGGAUCUUGUUUUCCGUUAUAUUGAAACUCAAGCUUUAGUCCUAGCUCCAAUUGCUCCACAUUUCGCUGAAUAUAUUUAUCGUGAACUUCUUGGCAAAACUGGGUCUGUUCAAAAUGCUAAAUUCCCUCGCGCUACUAAACCAGUUGAUCAAGGUGUAAUCUCUUCUUUGAACUAUGUUAGAAACUUGCAAAGGGCUAUCAGAGAAGCUGAAGGUCAAGCUUUGAAGAAGAAGAAGGGUAAGGCUGCUGAAAUAGACAGUUCUAAACCAGUAAAAUUAUCAUUAUUGAUUUCAGAAUCCUUCCCAGAAUGGCAAUCAGGAUGUGUCGAAGUUGUCCGUAAAAUGUUUGCCGAACAUACCCUAGAUGACUCAAAGAAAAUUAGGGAGAAUAUUAAUCCAAAGGAUAUGAAGAGAGCUAUGCCUUUCAUUUCCAUGUUGAAACAACGUCUAACUACUGAAACUCCAGAAGAAGUUUUUGAAAGAGAUUUACUAUUUAAUGAAAUCGACACCGUAAAGGCUGCGUUAAAAAACAUUGAAAGGGCUGCCCAAGGUUUGAAUAUUGCUGAAGUCAGUAUCAUUUCAUUCCCUAACGGAGCUAAGGUUGCCAAGGAUAUCUUUUCCGGGGAAGAAGUUCCAAUUCCAGGAUCUGCAAAGGCAAUUGAAGGGGCAGUUCCAGGUAUGCCGGGUGUCGUGUUCCAGAAUAUCUGA